AUGCCAACCCAAUCUGAACGUAAUCCGCCAAUACCAUCCAGCUCGAAACCUUCCCUGCUCUCCACCUCAGCGACCCCUCUGCGACGUCCAUCGCAACCUCAGAAUGACCAAAUCAUGCCUCCAAUGAAUGGCACAUCGCCCACAAGUCCCUUCCGCCGUGCUCACCACCGCUCUAUAAGCCAUCCUUUCCCUUUCGCUACGCUUGGGAAGAAGCGUGACAAGGCCGAACCGAAGAAUGCGACCUGGGAUUCGGAUUCGGACUCAGACGAGGUCACCUACCCGGCUCAACCACUAGCGACAAGUCCUCGCAAGGAUGUACCAAAAGGCGGACUUGGAGGUGACCUGGCAGAGGGCAAAUGUCAGACCUGUAACUCGACCGUCCGCUGGCCGCGUCAUCUGAACACCUAUCGCUGCACUACUUGCUUGAUGGUGACAGAUCUUGACGCGGAGCCACCGAAGAAGACAAAUAAUCGAGUGGACCCAGAACUGGAAAAGCGACUACAAAAACCACUUCCUCCAGACCCGCCCAAGGCUCAGCUUCAACGCCUGCCAAAUGAACCGAGACCGGAUGCUCCUCUGUCAAUCGGCUAUACCAGGCGUCUCAUAGAUGGAUGUCUCUCAGCGUACUUCCAGAGCCUUCUUGAUGGUUCUGGUUUAGAACAAGCACCAAAUGACAAACGUACAGAAAGAGAUUGCCCUGAUGGAGAAUCGUUACCAUCAUCGCUCGCGGCAGGACCGAAGCACGAUUUCCUCUCAGCGCCAGCGCCGCGAGACCCUCGCAGCCGGAGCACGUCCAUCUCCAAUGAACGCGAUCGAUUCUAUGGAUCUAGGGAGAAUACCAACCUAUUAACACCAAAUGCUGCUCAGCGGACAGGAAAUGAACCAAUAGUACGGACACGUGCAAAUUCGGAUCUACAGAAAGGUUCAACCCCAGAUCACCGACCGCAAAUGCCGGCGCGACAUACAGAUCCGGAUGCGAAAGACAAAGAGGACCAGCCGUUGAUAUUCAAGCGCUUGGAAAACUACAUUAUCUCAGCUUUCAAAGGAUGCUCAGCUGUCAAUGUGUCCUUCCCUGUUUAUCAGCAGUCAGUCCGAUCUGCGAGCAGUGGCAACCCUCCAAGAAUGAAAUUGGACCCCACUACUAUACACGAACCUAGUUUGAACGUGCCUGUGUUCGAACCUGACGCGAAAACUCUACUCCUGGGAGACGUGGGAGAAAAUUCAACUUGGUGGAUGCAUGAGUGGGCUCAAACACAGGGGCACGCGGAAGGACAGGCGCCUCCCGUUGGUAAAGAGAAAGCGCCGCAUAAGUCUCGAUCGGUAUCCUCUCGAAGCCCUCGUAUCAAUUGGACUGAACUCAACCAGUGGUACCAGCUAGUCCUGACCGCAGGUAGCUCUUGGGCUGACCGAUGGGCUUCUAAGAGACCGAAUUCAGCACGCGGAGAAGCAGAUACAGUCAGAUACAGAAAAUGGGAGUCAAUUGAUACUUCCAUGAUCGAAAAGGAUAUUUAUGCAUCUCGAUUGCAUCUCCAACGAGCAUUGAUGAAAGCUAGCGAAAACCUUUUGAAGCGACCUCGAAAAGAGCUCAAGAAGCCAGAGGAUACCCGAUUCUUGCUUAUACUACUAGCGAACCCUCUGUUGUCUUCCCCACUCGCCUACUCUGCGCCCCGACCACCUCCACAACCGCAUAGGGAUGAACGACGUCCAUCUCAUCCAAAGAAUACUCAACGACAAACAACAAGGGAUGGCAAGUUUUCUCGUAAAGAUGCCUCUGCAACAGUUGCCCGCCCUGGAAGUUCCAAUCAUCAUUACGGCAUUCUAAAACGAAUCCUGGGUCUGAUGUCUAAUCUGCCUAAUGAUUGCCACCACUAUUUCGUCUCAUGGUUUGCACGGUUUACACCAAAUCAAUUUGAACGACUCGUUGAAUUGGCCGGUGGGUUCGUAACAUACCGUUUAAUCCGCCAGCAUGGUCGCAAGCGCAAUGCGCCCCAGAAAGAUGGGAACGAGUUGAUACCCAGCUUUGCUAGUGCCUCGGGCAACACGCCUGCUGAAUUACAUGCUGCUAUCAGUCGACGGCAGCCAAACAAAGCGCCCCCUAAGAAGACUGAGGCCCCUAGAAUCUAUGCUGAAGAUUGGCAAAUUAGAGCUGCAUCAAGGAUAAUGUCUUUACUGUUCACAGCGAACACUUCACAGCCAUCGCGCAAACCUGAUAUCGGCCCAAGCGAGCGCCGUCUCGCCGAGCCUAUGAACAAUUCUGCGCGCGAUCAAGAAUAUAUGAUUCCCAUCAGCUCAUUUUAUAACACACUGUUGGAUUACUCAGAUCUUGUAUCCGAUUUCGAAAUUUGGGAGUCGAAAGGUUCAAAGUUCUCGUUUUGUCAGUAUCCAUUCUUCCUCAGCAUUUGGGCAAAAAUCCAUAUUCUUGAACAUGAUGCACGUCGCCAGAUGGAGGUAAAGGCACGAGAGGCUUUUUUCAACAGCAUACUUAACUCCCGCCCAGUUAGCCAGUUUCUUGUGCUGAAAGUGCGGCGAGAAUGUCUGGCUGAAGACAGCCUACGGGGCGUUAGUGAGGUUGUGGGCUCGGGCCAAGAGGAGAUCAAGAAGGGACUUCGAAUUGAGUUCGUUGGAGAAGAAGGUAUCGAUGCAGGAGGUCUCCGAAAAGAGUGGUUCUUGUUACUUGUUCGAGAGGUCUUUGAUCCACAUCAUGGGCUUUUUAUAUACGACGAUGAUUCUAAAUACUGCUACUUCAACCCAUUCUGCUUUGAGUCCUCCGAACAGUUCUUCUUAGUUGGAGUUCUGCUUGGCCUCGCCAUCUACAAUUCGACUAUUCUCGACGUCGACUUGCCGCCAUUUGCAUUCAGGAAAUUGCUAGCGUCGGCUCCACAAACCAAUGCUCCACAGACGGCAACCUUCCAGCGUCCAAAGUUCAAGUGUACACUGGAAGACCUCGCUGAGUAUCGCCCUGCACUUGCAAAAGGACUCCGCAUGCUCCUAGAAUAUGAAGGAGAUGUCGCGGAGACAUUUUGCUAUGACUUUGUUGCACAGGUUGAGCGAUAUGGUGAAAUUAUCAACGUGCCUCUUUGUGCUGGAGGUGAAAAGAGACCAGUCACCAAUUCAAAUCGCCGUGAAUUUGUUGAUGCAUACAUAUAUUACCUUCUUGACACUGCUGUGGCUAGGCAGUACGAACCAUUCAAGCGAGGCUUUUUCACAGUUUGUGGCGGCAAUGCCUUAUCAUUGUUCAGAGCUGAAGAGAUUGAGUUACUUGUUCGCGGCUCCGACGAACCACUCGAUGUAACAUCCCUACGAGCUGUUGCAUCAUAUGAUAACUGGUCAUCGCACCACCCUGAAACCAUCCCUGUGGUUCAAUGGUUCUGGGACCUUUUCGAAACGGCCCCACCCGCAUCACAGCGAAAGAUACUGUCAUUCAUAACUGGCAGUGAUCGCAUCCCCGCCAUGGGUGCUACAAGUCUUUCGAUUCGUCUCGCUUGCCUCGGUGACGACUCACCCCGAUAUCCUACAGCACGAACGUGCUUCAACACACUGAGCUUAUAUCGAUAUGCCAGCCGUGAGAAAUUUCAAAGACUGCUUUGGGAUGCAGUUACAAACAGCGAAGGCUUUGGUCUGAAAUGA